AGUAGCGGAAUGAACGUUUCGACGGCCGCUCCGAUUUAUCCGCUCACUGAAAAAGGAGCUCGCAAGCCAAAGUGUGCAAGAUGCCGAAAUCACGGUAUGGUCUCCUGGCUAAAGGGUCACAAAAGACACUGCCGUUACAGGGAUUGUACCUGCGCCAAGUGCAAUUUGAUUGCCGAAAGGCAGCGAGUCAUGGCCGCUCAAGUGGCUCUGAAAAGGCAACAAGCAGCUGAAGACGCUAUAGCAAUAGGAUUGAGAGCUUGCACAGAAGGAACGGUGCCGAUGCUCACACCCGGUCCCCUUUGGGGACCAGGCACAGUUACUCCAGCUGAGAAUUUGCAGGAAAACCCUAAUUGUGAUUCGUCACGUAAAGCGUCACCUGCCGCUUCAGAAAGCGAUUCGAUUAUUGCCGUCGAAGAUAAUGAAGAUGACGACGACGAUGAAGAAUCAGAAGAAAUGGAGCAAACAAUUUCGGAAGAAAAGAAAGAGGUUGUUAAAAAUGAGAUGAAAGAAGAGAAUGAUAAAAAGACGGAUUCGUCUCCUAAACCUACGGCAUACAGGCCUGGUCGUCUCAGUCAUAUGGAAAUAUUAGAAAGAAUAUUUCCGUUGCAGAAGAAGACAGUAUUGGAGCUGGUUUUACAUGGUUGUAACGGUGAUCUAGUGAAGGCGAUAGAACAUUUUUUGUCCGCUCAAGACACGAUCAUUGCCCAACAACAGAGAAAAACUGAUACGGUGACAACGCCUAGAAGCGUAUCUAAUGGAAAGUCGGCCUUUAAUCCGCCGCAUCCAACUCUUCAUUCGGCGUUCAGUCCUCGAGCUGCGGCUUUCACGACCGAGGCGCUCUUAGCAAGACGACCCCACAAUACUAGGAUCACCCAUAACCCGCCGGCUCCACCUAUGCCACCACCUAUUUUCGCUCAUUCUCUCGCAACUAACCCAUUUCUUUUCCCUUUCGCUAGACCUCCCAGUUUUUUUCACGGCGGAUUACCCCCUCUAAGGGGUGGAAAUCGAACGCCUGAUUCCGAACAAGACUCUUGGAAUGGGGAGCAGGAAUAAAUUCUAUAUACAGUACAUGUUCAUAUGUGUUCUUUUCACAUGAAAAUUCUCUAAUUAUGUAUUGCACGCUUCAUUAUAUAUUCAAUUAAUAUACUUUUUUAAACGUACAUAUAUAUAUAUAUACAGUAUAUAUGUAUAUUAUAUUGGCAUAUAAAGUAUUAUAGAUGUGUAAAUAAUGUGCAUGUGUAUAUAGGAGUAGAUAGGCUUUAAUUCGUAUAUUUUUGUAUGUUUAUGCCUCAUGUAUAAAAUGUGCCAAAUCGUUGUAUUUUUUGAAUACAAGUAAAACUUUUCUUAAUUUGUAGCA